AUGCCGGUCGGAGCCUGGGCGCUGGUGACCGCGCUGAUGCUCCUGGCGCCCGGGAAAGCUAAGGAGUGCUUUCCUGGAGGACACAGGUUUCUUCGGAGUCCAUAUAGAAGUGUCCAUGUUGACUCACUGCACCUCCAGCAGUCAGCUGUUCAAGAGCUGAUAUGCGACCACUCCCUCUCCCCUGGAUGGUAUCGAUUUCUCAUCUUGGAUAGACCUGCUGAAAUGCCAACUAAAUGUGUUGAGAUGAACCGCUGUGGAACUCAGGCCCCCAUCUGGCUAUCUCUGAGGGAUUCAGAAACUCUGCCGCCUCCUGGGGAGAUCAAGCAUCUGACAGCUUGUGCCACAUGGCAGUUUUUGCUCAGCACUACAAAGGACUGCUGUCUCUUUCAAAUUCCGGUGUCUGUGAGAAAUUGCGGGAAAUUUUUUGUGUACUUACUACAGCCCACUCAAGGAUGCAUGGGUUAUUGUGCAGAAGCUAUUCCUGAUGUAAAAUUACACCCAUGUGGCCCAGAUGAAAUUGAAAUGGGAGGGGACUGUGUCCGUCAGCUGUCUGCCUCCUUGCCACCUUCACCUUUAGGAAGGCCAGAGGUCACAGUGGAGUUGAUUGAGUCCAGGCUUUUCUGUAGAUGUACUUUUGAUGUUUUCCCUACAAACAACUCAGUGGGAUUUCUCAUAGCUUGGUCUAGACUUUCUUCCCAAGAAAUCAAAGAGGAACUGAAACAAGAGACCACAGUUCAGGCAUUCUCGCUCUUAGAACUUGACGGCAUAAAUCUCAGACUUGGAGAUAGGAUAUUCUGUAGUGCUUCUGUCUUUUUCUUGGAGAAACCACACAUACAAAGUUUAGCCAUCGAAAGCCAAGAAUUUUUUGCAGGCAUUAAGCUGCAGCCUGAAUUGAGCACCAUAUCAGAAGAUGGGAAAGAAUACCAGUUAAGGAUAGAGAGCACAGUUCCUAUUGUUUGUCCUGAAUUUAGUGAGUUUGAUCAAGAAUGCAAAAUCUCAUUAAAGCUGAAAACUGUUGAUAAAGGCGAACAACACCUGGGCUUAAAUUUGGCCCUCUCUUCUUGUCAUGUGGACUUUCACCAGACAUCAUCCUGUGCAAAUGGAACCUGCAGCCACACUGUGGUGCACUACACUGCUGUAGCAGAUUUUUCUCAAGAUGGAGACAGAGUCACAGACAUUGUAGUGCAGCCUAUAGCCAAUGAGGAUUUCCUGUGGAACAGCUAUACACCAGACAGUGUCCAGAUCAGAGUAAAGGAUGUCCCAACUGCUUACUGCUAUUCAUUUACUGACCCACAUAUAAUUACAUUUGAUGGCAGGGUAUAUGAUAAUUUCAAGACUGGAACGUUUGUGCUUUAUAAGAGUAUGUCACGUGAUUUUGAGGUCCACGUACGUCAGUGGGACUGUGGAAGCUUUCAAUAUCCUGUGUCAUGUAACUGCGGGUUUGUCGCCCACGAAGAAGGUGAUAAGGUCACUUUCGAUAUGUGUAGUGGUCAGCUACGUGAAUCACAACCAUAUUUAUUUGUAAAGAGCCAAGAUGUAAGCAGUAACAUCAAGAUAACUGAAUCUUACUUAGGAAGAAAAGUCACAUUCUGGUUUUCUUCUGGAGCAUUUGUCCGUGCUGAUCUUAGUGAAUGGGGCAUGAGUUUAACAAUCAGAGCCCCUAGUUUAGAUUACAGAAACACUUUGGGACUUUGUGGCACCUUUGAUGAAAAUCCAGAAAAUGAUUUCCAUGAUAAGAACGGGAUCAAAAUUGGUCAGAAUUUUAAUAGUCGUCUUGCUUUUAUUAAUGAAUGGCGAAUUUUACCAGGAAAAAGCAUGUUUGACACACCACCAGUUUCUCUGCAGUCACCCGGAAAACAAUCCUACUGCAGCUGCUCAUCGGACAGCGUUUUACUGGAUCCACCUUCCAAUCAUCUGGACGAUGUUUUCCCAUCAGAAAUUGCUUCAGGUUGCAAAGACUUCAAACAUUUCCAAUUCUCUUCUUUGAUACCAGAACUAGACGUCAGCUCUGAAUAUAUUAAUUCCAACAGGUUUGUCAGAGGAAUAAACAGACAUGCGUCUGGGGAAGAGAGUAAUUUGAAUUUCUUUCCACAAGAACAAAAGCGUGUAAACCUAACCAACCUGGACUUAAAUUUCCAAACUCAUGCUGGGAACAAAAAACAAGAUGCUCUGAAAUAUUUGGACAAGGAGAAACACACACAGGAUCAGGGCAGCCGCAGCAAGGAGACGAGGUGGAAUCAACAAAACAGACGGAAACGGCAGAACUUGGAUGAGUUUCUUCCAUUGUUUGCUUUCCAUAGUCUCAGCCAAACCGACUUAGACGAGUUUACUUACUUCUUCCCUGAGGACCAUGCCGAGGAUGUCCACCAAGAGGUUGUCCCUUCGUGGCCCACACCCUCUGGCCUCACAGAGUACGACACGUUGGCACGCUGCCAGCAAACUUUAGCCAACUCCAGCAUAGGAAGGCUCUGCCUCGCUUUCCUUGGAGGGAGACUAGACAGUGUCAUAGACAUGUGUGUGACGGAUGUUCUAUUAAAAGACGAUCUUAGCUGGGCAGAAGCAGGUGUGGCCCUUUUAGAAAAUGAAUGUGAAAAAAGGGUUUUGGAAGAAGGGAAAUAUAGCAAUGAAAAAUACAACAAAUCAAUCGAAGACAUUCUGUUAGCAUUAAAGUGCCCCAGUGCGUGCAGUGGCAAUGGGCAGUGUAUGGAAUGGGGGUGUGCCUGUUUUCCAGGCUUUGGUUCCUAUGAUUGCAGUGAUGUAUAUGGCAAACCUCCUGAAAUUACAGAACUUGAGAAUGCAGGAUUCUGUGACAUUCAAAAAUAUAGUUGUAUGAUGGUAAGAGUAUUUGGUAAAGGCUUCAAAGAAUCACCUUCAAUUAAAUGUGAAGUUACUAAAUUGCAGUAUAAUGGCAGUAAAUGGAUGCUUGGAGAACCUGUCUAUGCUCAGGCAAUUUUUCAAAAUAACAGAGCUGUUGAUUGCCACCUGCCCACUGAUGUUCAGCAAUUUGAUACCAUGGACCUGACGGGUGAAGAGCCAACUGGGAAAUGGCAAUUAAAGGUAUCUAAUGAUGGUUAUAACUUUAGUAAUCCAAAAAUAAUGACCAUAUAUGAUGGUGCUUGUCAGGUUUGUGGUCUCCAUGAAAGUGACUUCUGUAGAAUAAAGGAAGAUACUUGCAUUAUUGAUGGACUCUGCUACAGUGAAGGGGAUAAAAAUUCAACCCGCUCUUGUUUGAUCUGUAGACCCAAAAUUUCAAAACUUACUUGGUCAGUUUUAGAAAACAACCAACCGCCAGUGAUUCAAACAUUGCAAGACAAAUUACAGACAUUUUCUGGGGAAAACUUGGAAUACCAGUUCAUGGCCUUUGAUCCAGAAGGUUCUGACGUCCAUUUUACGUUGCACUCGGGUCCUGAGGGAGCAAGUGUUUCCUCUGCAGGACUUUUUAUGUGGAAAACAGAGUCAGAAACUCCCCAGCAAUUCACUCUACGCCUUAAUGAUGACUGUGGUGCUGAAACUAGAGUCAUGAUUGAGGUGACUGUGAAGUCUUGUGAUUGCUUAAAUGGUGGAUCAUGUGUGUCUGAUAUAAAAUUUCCUCCAGGGAAUGGAAUGUACCUGUGUGUCUGCUUGCCUGGCUUCCAAGGCAGUCUUUGUGAAGUGGAUGCCAGUGGGUGCCAAUCAAACCCCUGUGGCCUUGGCAGAUGUAUUAGAGGUUUUCACAGUUAUUCCUGUGAUUGUCCACCUGAGCUCAAAGGCCAAAAUUGCCAGGAAGAUACUGAUGAGUGUGAAUCUAAGCCUUGCUUUGUAGGAGUGGAGUGCCUGAAUACCUUUGGCUCCUAUCACUGUGGUUCAUGUCCAAAAGGAUUUUAUGGUGAUGGAAAAAUAUGUCAUGACAUACAUUUUCAGCCACCAUUGACAGAGCACUCACCAACUGAUACAGGCUUUACCCACAGACCUGCUACUAUUGAGAAGUUCUUGAACACAACUGACAUCUCCAGCUUGUCACUGAAAUCAGUUACAACUCAAACGGAUAAUUCAAAGAAGGCUAUUUCCCAUCAGAAACCAGGUUUUGAACACGUGAAUCGUAAUCUCAGUGUAAAUCUCAAUCUGGAUGAGAUGGAAGUUCCUACGAAGAACAGUAGUUCUUUAAGCAUUAACCCAAGUACCUCCCAUGGUGAAGUGAAGGAUGUUGUCCACAGCGCCAUUCAAACAGAGACAGGAGGGUAUAAGUAUAAAACUUCCCCAGGUUACAUACAGUAUAAAGAUGAGCAUGCAUCAGUGGUUACUGAAACAAUCACUAUUUUGCCAGAAAAGUUUGAAUCAACCAAAAUAUCAGCUUGUUCUGAAUCUCCUUGUUUCCUUGGAGUUUCCUGUGUACCAACCACAGAGGGUCACUUCAAAUGUGGACGCUGCCCCUUUGGGUAUUAUGGAGAUGGUAUCAAUUGCAGAGCUAUUUGUAGACACCCAUGUGGAAAAAAUGGGGAGUGUGUUGCCCCAAACAUAUGCAAGUGUAAACCUGGUUACAUCGGUUCUAACUGCCAAACUGCUGUAUGUCACCCUGAUUGCAAAAACCAUGGAAAAUGUAUUAAACCUAACAUUUGUGAAUGUCCUCCAGGACACGGUGGAGCAGCCUGUGAUGAAGAACACUGUAACCCACCUUGUCAACAUGGUGGCAUGUGCAUGGCUGGAAAUCUCUGCACUUGUCCUUACGGUCUUGUGGGACCAAGGUGUGAAACAAUGGUUUGUAACAAGUACUGUGAAAAUGGAGGUGCAUGUCUUACCCCAGAUGUCUGCCAGUGCAAACCCGGGUGGUAUGGACCCACCUGUGGUACAGCUUUGUGUGACCCUGUAUGCCUCAAUGGUGGUUUCUGUAAUAAGCCAAACACUUGUCUCUGUCCAAAUGGAUUCUUUGGUGCACAGUGUCAGAAUGCUUUCUGUCACCCUCCCUGUAAGAAUGGUGGCCGCUGUAUGAGAAAUAAUGAGUGCAUCUGUCGUGAAGGAUACACUGGCAGGAGAUGCCAAAAAAGCAUCUGUGAUCCUCUGUGCAUGAACGGAGGAAAAUGCGUGGGACCAAACAUUUGCUCUUGUCCUUCCGGUUGGAGUGGGAGACGAUGCACAACACCUAUCUGCUUCCAGAAAUGUAAGAAUGGCGGUGAGUGCGUUGCUCCCAACGUAUGCCUUUGUCCUUCUGGCUGGGAAGGAGUGCUGUGUCAAAUGCAAAAAUAAAUCAAAGUAGUAUUAAAUGCUAGUAUUUGUAUCAGAAAAGUGUGCUCAAAAAUUAGUAAUUCUGAUUGGAAGUUAUGUGUG